AUGUCGGCCUUCAUCACCGACCUCGUACAAUCCAUCUUCACACCCGGCCCAACACCCACCCUACUCGUCGCAACCAACGUCACAUUCGCCUGCCUCCAAGUAGUUCUCCUCCUCCUCCUCCUCGCCACCUUCAGCAUCCACUUCGUAAUACUCUCCCUCCUCAGCGCCGGCCUCUGGUGGUCAAUAAACUGGUUCGUCAGCGAGCUCCGAGCAGCUCAAGCGGUGGAAGACGAGAAGAAGAAGAAACGCGCUCAGGAAGAGGCGAAGCACGCAGAUGAUACGGACACAGAUGCGGAUACGGUGAUUGGCGCGGGCAAUACGGCGUCGGGGAGUAAGGAGGUGGAGAUUUUGGAGGAGAGUAGAGAGCUUAAGAAUCGUGGGGGUGUAAGCGGGAGUAAGUCGGAGACGAGUACGGAAGAUGAGUGGGAGAGGGUUUCGGAGAAUGAGAAGGACAAGGAUAAAUGA